ACUCGAAACCGUACGCGCCGUGCUUGAGACAACUUUCUGUGAAGUAGUGUGAUGACACGGGAUAAAAGUACGGCGAUUGAAUCAAUCAGCGACGAAGCAGUACAGCACCACCGUAAGUUAUUACGUUAUUACGCCAUGAAGUACACCAUUCCGGCAUCAAACGUCAAGUUAUUCGGCCGCGCCGUGCAAACGUUGACGAAAGUCGGCGACGAAGUGUAUGUGAUCGCCGACGAGCGCACACUGUCUCUGAAAGCGUUCAGUGCCUCUCGAAGCUCGUAUAUGUGCUUCAGUUUUGAACGUAACUUUCUUGCGCAAGCUGAGGUUGAGAGCGAGGGCUACCGAGGUAAACUGAGCGCUCGAUCAAGCCUGCUGGCCUUCCGAUCCGUGCAGACGCUUGACCGGACAGUCGAAGAAGUGCAUCGUCGAGUUGACCUGGCGAUCAGGCAGUUGGUCGCGUUACGCUUUCGGCGCGGUCUGACGAAGCGCUUCUGGUUGCCACUGAUCGAGUACGAGGAACUGCAGUUCUCCUUCCGAGCCGACUCGUACGCGAGAAGCGUGUGCGGCCAAGCCAAGCUGUUGUCCGACGUGUUGGGCAACUUUCCCGUGAACGUGCCCGAGGUGACGCUGCGGCUAUCGCCCGACCGGCUCGACUGUCUUCACGCACCUGAGGGCGCCGACACGCAGCGUUCCGUUCGCACUAGCGUGAGCGUCCAAGCCGCCGAACUGGACGACUUGCAGUGUAGCGGUGACGUUGCCGAACUGACGGUCUGUCUGCGCGGUUUGCGGGCGGCGCUAGGAUUCUUCGAGGGCUUAACGGUGCGGCUGCAACUCGACGAACCAGGCAUGCCCUUGGUGGGACGCCUGGACGGCGUGCCCGGCCUGGAGGCGACGUACGUCGCCGCCACCCUGGCAGCCGGCGGUCGGCCUUUGGCAAGCAACGUGGCGCCGCCCGAGCGCCGGCCGGCGGCGCGGCCGUGUACGGACGCUGCCAGCAAGCGUCACCGGGCGUUUCUGCUGGGACUCACGCGGCCGCCGCUGGACGAGUUCACGUCGCAGUUGCCGCACGAUGAUCAGGUGUAUGCUGAAGCAAGCGACGAGGAAGAAGGCUAGGGCUUUCUUCGAAUGGGCGAGACUUGUGUUGAACGUGAAACCUUACGCUGAUAAUCAGCUGCCAGUGCAGCAAAGUACUGGCUCUGCAUCUUUGAGAGGCGGUGUUCGUUCUUCGCAGUGCUCCUGCGGACUUUAUGAAGCAUGAUAAAUGAAUUUACCACUUAUUAGCGCAUGUGGUAUGUACAACAUAAUGUGUGUGCUGGAACGAAUAAGAUUGUGUUGUGCAGCUGCCUGCUCGUAGUACUGUAAAUGUCACGUGUAGUGAUUCAUAUUGCAGAAACUGCCGAUCCUACUGUACCAUCAUCAGCUUGUCUUAUGUCUACUGCAGGACGGAGGCCUCUCCCAAUUAUCUCCAAGUUCGUGUAUCCCCUGUGAGCUGCUUCCAUUUUAUGCCACAAAGUUUCUUAAGUUUCUCACUCUGUUUAAUUCCUGGCAGACCCCCCCCGUCUGCAUUUGCAAUCUUGUGGUAUCCAUUCUGAUGUUCUAUCUGUUUGCCGUCUUUCUCAUUAUGUGGUCUUAGUUUAUUACUGUUUGGUGUAUUGCACAAUUGAGCAGCAGUGAGAGCAGAGUGGGUCACGGAACGAACCGGGGUUAAGGAUAUCAUCGUUGAAAUCUAGAAGAAGAAAUGAACAUGGGCCGGGCAUGUAGCACGUAGGCAGGACAACUGCUGUUCAUAAAGGGUAACUGACUGGAUUCCCGGAGAAGGCAAGCUGGUGAGGUAGAGACAGAAAGUUACGUGGGCAGAUCACAUUAGGAAGUUUGAGGGUAUAAAGUGGCAGCAGCAAGCACAGGACUGAGUUGAGUGGCAGAACAUAAGAGAGGCCUUUGUCCUGCAGUGGACGUAGUCAGGCUGAUCAUGAUGAUGAGAACACUGCAGUGGCUUCACUGGUAUGCAUCCAUCUCGGUAGUUUAUACUGGUGACAGGCAGACAUUGAUCAGAUACCUCACAUGAGCUCCACUUACCUUUUAGGUUUGUCCUAUACUCAGUGGCAACUUAUCCUGAAAUUGGAGCGAAGGCUACAGAGGCAGGACUUCCACACAUUUGUGUUGCUCUGCAAAUAAAACAGCAGCUUGCGGCUAA